AAAACAGCACACUAACCGGCCCGUACUGUUAAUGAAUCAGGUCUGAAUCAGAAUUCAACUGAAUUUCGGCAUGCACGCGCGUCGGUCGAGCCGCGCGCCCUGAGCUGAGAGAAUCAUCCCUCCCCUCGCGGGGCCGUCAGAGGCUCGCGCACACCCAUCCUCCUCGGCAACUUUUCCCAAGUCAUUGGGCGCAACACUGCGCUUCUGAACCCCCCUCUGGAAUUACAACAAGGUGCGUGUCGGAAACCUCCCUCCGCACUCAUCUCAUGUUAUUUAUCGAACUCUUACAACCACGCGCUGACAUCAUCACGUACGAAAUGUAGACUUAAGUUAAGUUCGACCGCGGUGUCUAUUUAUCUUUGGAUUAUAUUUCCACGGUGAGCGUUAACGGUUGUGUCGUGUGUUCCAGCCAUGCUGGCCAGGAAGAGCAUCAUCCCGGAGGAGUUCGCGCUGCCCGGCCUCGUCUCGCGCGUGCCGCGCAAGCCCGUGUUCAGGGACCGCGUGAACAAGGCGCGCUUCAUCGCCAAGAACGGCUCGUGCAACCUGGCGCACAAGAACAUCCGCGAGCAAGGCCGCUUCCUGCAGGACGUGUUCACCACGCUCGUGGACCUCAAGUGGCGCUUCACGCUCGUCAUGUUCACCAUGAGCUUCCUAGGCAGCUGGCUGUUCUUCGCCAUGGGCUGGUGGCUCGUGGCUUUCGCGCACGGGGACCUGGACUCGGACCGCGCGCUGGGCGUCGACCAGUGCGUCAACGGCGUCAAGUCCUUCACCUCUGCUUUCCUGUUCUCCAUCGAGGUUCAGGUGACCAUCGGGUUUGGAGGCCGCAUGAUCACGGAGCAAUGUCCCUUUGCCAUCCUGGUACUAAUUCUGCAGAACAUCGCCGGGCUCAUCGUUAACGCCAUCAUGCUUGGCUGCAUCUUCAUGAAGACAGCGCAGUCGCACCGGCGCGCCGAGACCCUCAUCUUCAGCCGUCACGCUGUCAUUGCAGUGCGCAACCACCGCCUCUGCUUCAUGAUCCGCGUGGGCGACCUGCGCAAGAGCAUGAUCAUUGGGGCGACCGUGCGCCUGCAGGUGGUCCGCAAGACAACCACCCCUGAAGGGGAGGUCAUCCCCAUCCACCAGAUUGACAUUCAAACGGAGAGCGCAACCUCUAGCAACAACAUGUUCCUGUUGGCUCCUCUCAUCAUCUGUCACGUCAUUGACCGGGAAAGCCCUCUGUACGACCUCUCGGCCAUGGAGCUCCAGUGCAGCGACCUGGAGAUCAUCGUCAUCCUGGAGGGUGUCGUGGAGACCACAGGCAUCACCACACAGGCGCGCACCUCCUAUGUAAGUGAGGAGAUCCAGUGGGGCCAUCGCUUUGUGCCCAUCGUGACCGAGGAGGAGGGUGUCUACUCCGUGGACUACUCCAAGUUUGGCAACACGGUGAAGGUAGCCACGCCUCGGUGCAGUGCCCAUGAGCUUGACGAGAAGCCCUCCAUCCUCAUCCAGACGCUGCAGAAGAGUGAGCUCUCCCACCAGAACUCCCUGCGCAAGCGCAACUCCAUGCGCAAGAGCAACUCCAUGCGCCGCAACAACUCAGCCAUCCUGAUGCCCAAAGUGCAGUUCCUUACCCCGGAGGGCAACCAGAACGUAGCGGUCACCUGACUGGAGGCCUGGUUGCCUCUGGUGCUCUUUUUGUGUCUCAGGAUGAUGGUCACUCCUCAGUGUCUCUUUUCACAGCUGCAAGUCGCUCUGCUGCUCUGCCCUGCAAUUUCACACCUGCUUGUCGAUCGCUUCACCGCCACCUCCUUCUCCUCUUCAUGACCCCUGUUUCUGGCGCUGCUUUUCAAAUGCGCUGCAUGUCUUCACCCAUGUGCUUAGAGACAAGGAAUGUAUUGUUUUUUUUUACACCAUCUUCAUUGUUCUUUCUUGCAGAAACACAGCAUGGUAAAACGAUACUAUGCGAAAACACACUGCCAGUGGGGUUCCUUGUGCUUUCAGUAAAGCACAGGAAGUAUUUAAUACUUUUAAGUAUUUUACUUUAUCUGAUUCAAGUAAUUUAUUUCAUAUUAAACAGAUUUUAACGUUUCAUGUUUUCCUGUGCUUUAAGUGGUGCACAGCUGAAGUCCUUAAACGCAGAUAUAGCAACUGAGUUGCCAGAAAUACAAGAGACAAAACUGUUUUUAAAUGGACUUUCUAAGUACCAUGUAAGUAAUCCUCUGUGCUGUUUUGAAAAACCAUUUUCCUAGUGAUUCAUGAAACUUGAUGUUUUUCAUGGCUGCUUUGUUACUUAUUCCUCUGAAACUUGCAUAUAUCUAAGCAGGCCUUAAACAUAAUCAUAAUUAACACAUUCCUUAAACUCACUACAGUUACUUUUACUCAGUUUUAACAGAAUUUCCCUAUUUUCACAAGAAUAUACAAUAUCUAAAGAGCAGUAUAGCAUUAUAAUUAUGUAAAUAAUACUAUAAUAAAGAACUGCUUUUCAAAACAGUGUAUUUCUUUAUAUACUGUAUAUGGAAAAUAAAUUAAUUUGUUCAUUAAUUUAGUAACCAUACUACAUUAACUGCAGUUAUGAAAGAUAUUAUUUCUGCCUAGUGCAUACUGAGAUGUGUAUCUUUCUGAAUUAAUCUGCUUCACUAUCAGUAGCCACCACCCUUGAUACACAAGUAGUGUUUUAUACAUCAUGUUGGUUUCUUACACUAUCUAUUUUGAGAAGUCACCAAGAGGAGUCUUUCAAAACGGGAUAAAUGUAUACGAACAUUUUUUUCUGGAAUUCUGCCGAUGUAAGAUAUCUUUCACUUGUCCUCCUUCAUAAAUUGCCAAAAACUUGAUUUAUUUAUACAAUGUGAAAAAACAUUGCAAUAAAGGUUAAACCUUGAGUGAGCUCACAGAGGGUUGCUAUGUUAGAAAUAAUUAUGUUAAGAAACCAUUAUCAGCAACAUUUGCUUGGUGAGAUUAUCAAUCACUUUGGUGAAUCAUAAAAAAAUGAUAGAGAGCAGAAACCAGGAGAGAGCAGAGAUGUUGCUGCUUUUCUUCUGUGCUCAACUGUAGUACCAAUGUAUAAUAUACACUGUACAGAUGACGUGUAGUUCAAUAAAAGUACAAAAGAUUUUAUGUUGAAGCAUCUGUCUAAUUGAACAAAUGGCUAGAAAGAGCAACCACACAACCUUUCUAUCU